UAGCUGUGCCCGGCCACGCGUUGCUGUGGCUUAGUCUGGUGGUGUUGGUCAGUCUACAUUAGGUUGUAUUUAUGCUGUGACCUCCACCCUUCUUUAUACUCACAUUAGUAGUAGUAUUUGAAGUCUGUUACCUUCUUCAAUUUUUGUGUUGAUUGAUAAUUACUUGAGAUUCCUGUUGUCUUUGGUUUGUUGUUAAUCGUGACGUCUGAUUCUGCUGAGUGCGGUUUAUAUCUUAUUGUGGUACAAUAGUCUUUUUUUUGUUUUGCCUGUGUAGCUAUUUAUUAUUAUUGUUGUCGUAGUGGUCAUGAAGGUGAUGCGUUGUUGUGAGUUUUAUGGGUCCGGAUUGUGGUUUUGUGGUGUGGUUGUGUUGUUACAACCGGGAGGGAAGGCUUUUGCGUUGUGUUGCCAUGUUUCGUAUUUCUGGGGCGUUUACUUGUGUUGUUAUAGUCACGAUGCUUUGUUGUGAGUUUUGUGCAUCCGGAUUGUGGUUUUGUGGUGUGUUUGUGUUGUUACAACCACGAGGCAAGGCUUUUGCGUUGUGUUGUCAAGUUUUGUAUUUCUGGGGCAUUUAGUUGUGUGCCAAGUUUUGUAUUUCUGGGGCGUUUAGUUGUGUUGUUAUAGUCACGAUGCAUUGUUGUGAGUUUUAUGGGUCCGGAUUGUGGUUUUGUGGUGUGGUUGUGUUGUUACAACCGGGAGAGAAGGCUUUUGCGUUGUGUUGCCAAGCUUUGUAUUUCUAGGGCAUUUAGUUAUGUUGUUAUAGUCAUGAUUUGUUGUUGUGAGUUUUGUGGGUCCGGAUUGUGGUUUUGUGGUGUGGUUGUGUUAUUGUAACCGGGAGGCAAGGCUUUUGCAUUGUAUUGCCAACUUUCGUAUUUCUGGGAUGUUUAGUUUUGUUGUUAUAGUCACUGCGCCCACAACUUUAUCCUUUUAUAUAUAUAGACUAGCUGUGCCCGGCCACGAGUUGCUGUGGCGAAGUCUGGUGGUAUGGGAAAUAAAGUAUUGAGGAAUUGGUGGUAGUUAAGGUCAAGGGUAAAGGUUUUCCCCAGACAUUAAGUCCAGUCGUGUCUGACUCUGGGGGUUUGUGCUCAUCUCCAUUUCUAAGCCGAAGAGCCGGCGUUGUCCGUAGACUCCUCCAAGGUCAUGUGGGAUGACUACAUGGAGCGGUGUUACCUUCCCACUGGAGCAGUACCUAUUGAUGCACUCACAUUUGCAUGUUUUCGAACUUCUGGGUUGGCAGAAGCUGGGGCUAACAGUGGGGACUCUCUCCGCUCCCCCAAUUCAAACCUGUGGCCUUUCGGUCCAGAAGUUCAGCAGCUCAGUGCUUUAACACGCUGCGCCAUCAGGGGAUAUUAUUUCCUAAAGGUUGUGAAUAUACAAUAUUUCUGAUUGGUUUUAUUUUGUUUGUUGGAGGCAAGUAUGAAUGCUGCAAUUAGGAAAAAUGAUUAGGAUGUAAUGGCCUUGCAGCUUUAAAGCCUCGCUGUUUCCUCCCUGAGUGAAUUUUUUGUUGGGAGGUGUUAGCUGGCCCUGAUUGUUUCCUGUCUGGAAUUCCCUUGUUUUCAGAGUGGUGUUGUUUGCGAUAUUUUAUGUGCUUCUACUGUCUGUGGUCCUGAGAAAACAGGAUUUGCCAGACUUUGAUGAUGGGAAUACUUUGUUGGGAGGUGUUAGCUGGCCCUGAUUAUUUCCUGUGUAGAAUUCCCCUGUUUAUUUACUGUCCUGGUUUUAGAGAUUAUAUUGUUCUGCAUUAUUCUAUCCCAGUAAUUAUUUCAUAUUAAAGAAGAAUCUCACUUAUCCAACAUUCGCUUAUACAAUGUUCUGGAUUAUCCAACGCAGUCUGCCUUUUCAUAAUCAAUGUUUUUGUAGUCAGUGUUUUAAAUUCAUUGUGAUAUUUUAGUGGUAAAUUUGUAAAUACAGUACAGUAGAGUCUCACUUAUCCAACAUAAACGGGCCGGCAGAACGUUGGAUAAGCGAAUAUGUUGGAUAAUGAGGAUUUAAGGAUAACCCUAUUAAACAUCAAAUUAAGUUAUGAUUUUACAAAUUAAGCACCAAAACAUCAUGUUAGACAACAAAUUUGUCAGAAAAAGUAGUUCAGUACACAGUAAUGCUAUAUAGUAAUUACUGUAUUUAUGAAUUUAGCACCAAAAUAUCACGAUAUAUUGAAAGCAUUGACUACAAAAAUGCGUUGGAUAAUCCAGAAUGUUGGAUAAGCGAGUGUUGGAUAAGUGAGAAUCUACUGUAAAUACUACAUAGCAUUACUGAGCAUGGAACUACUUUUUCUGUCAAAUUUGUUGUAUAAUAUGAUGUUUUGGUGCUUAAUUUGUAUAACGAUUACCUAAUUUGAUGUUUAAUUGGCUUUUCCUGAAUCCCUUCUUAUUAUCCAACAUAUUCACUUAUCCUGCCGGCCUGUUUAUGUUGGAUAAGUGAGACUCUGCUGUAUAUUGAUAAUCUUAUAUUAUCUGCUCAGAACUGGAUUAUAUGAGGCUCCUUCUUCACAGCUGUAUAAAAUGCACAGUGAAGUGGAUUAUAUGGUAGUGUGGAGUCAAGAUAAUCCAGUGCAAAGCAGAUAAUAUAAGAUUAUAAAUGGGUUAUAUAGCUGUGUUGAAGGGCCUUGAGUCUACACUGCCAUAUAAUCCAGUGCAAAUUAGAUAAUCUGUGGAAGAAGCCUAAGUGAGGCCUAAAUCUGCCUGUCCCCUAACUGAAACCUGGCUGUCCCAUGGUUGCUAGGCAACCAAGUGGGCAGAGAUUAGCCCUCUAAACUGGCAGCAAUUGGAUAAAAAAAAUUAUUGCUCUCCCUCUAAUUAGGACUUUAUUUUUCUUUUCUUUUUGUUGUAUCAACCUUGAGGCGUGGAUGAUGGGUUGUGUUGUCAAAUUUUGAGGUUGGGGGGCCUGUACUUUUGUUGUUUUGUGAAUUGCCGUGAUGCCAUCACUCUUUUAUAUAUAUAGAUAGAUGUCAAUUAAAAUAAUUUAAAUUAGUGAAUAAAUACGUAAUUUACUUGUUUGGGGGCACUUCUACCCUAUUCCAUCAUCUCUACUCCUGCUUAUACAUCUAUCAGGUAAACAUUUUCUUAAGCAUUGCAUAAAUAUCAUCUUGUUGAUUUGUUGGUAUUAUAGGAAGUCUGGUCUUAGGGAUACAGAAUCAUAUGAAAAAUUGUUGUGAAUACUAUUUCACAUGACCAAAGUGACACUCAGAACUCAAGUAACCAGAAUUCAUAAGCAACCAGCAAAAGAAUCGAAUAAAUAAUGGUGUAUUUACAAAGCUGUUCUUAUAAUACGGUAAAAUUGUGUUACAUCAAGUCAUGUUUGUCUUCAUUUAUCUUUUUUGCUGUUAAUGACAGUAUUUCAAUACAGUAGAGUCUCACUUAUCCAACAUUCGGGAUUAUCCAACGUAUUUUUGGAACCAAUGUUUUUAAAACAUCAUGAUAUUUUGGUGCUAACUUCGUAAAUACAGUAAUUACGACAUAGCAUUACUGCAUAUUGAACUACUUUUUCUGUCAAAUUUGUUGUAUAACAUGAUGUUUUGGUGCUUAAUUUGUAAAAUCAUAACCUAAUUUGAUGUUUAAUAGGCUUUUCCUUAAUCCCUCCUUAUUAUCCAACAUAUUCACUUAUCCAAUGUUCUGCCAGCCCGUUUAUGUUGGAUAAGUGAGACUCUACUAUAUUAAUAUCAAGUCAAUACAGAGUUUAUGGUGGCACAGUGGGCCUUGUGCUGGCAGGACUGAUGACCUGAAGGUUGGGUUGCUGACCUGAAGGUUGCUGGUUUGAAUCCAACCUGGGGAGAGUGCGGAUGAGCUCCCUCUGUCAGCUCCAUCUCCCUGCAGGGGCAUGAGAGAAGCCUCCCACAAGGAUAUUAAAAACAUCAAAACAUCCAUGCAUCCCCUGGACAACGUCCUUGCAGACAGCCAAUUUUCUCACACCAGAAGCGACUUGCAGUUUUUCACGCUGCUCCUGACAUGAAAAAGGGUAUGGCAUAGUAUGUGGGUAAAAUAUUAGGCCUGUUUUUCAUAGUAACUAACUCUUAAACAAACAGAAACUGCAUUUACUCACCAUCUACUAAUUCCCAUGGGUGCUGGUUAACAGAGAGUCUGCUGUAUCUUUGGCCUCUGAGCGUAUAUGAUAGGUAGAUACAGACAGAGAUAACCUAUUUAUUUAUUUUACCAAAAAUCAUAGUUCCUUGGAGAUAUGCUAAAUAGGUUUUUCUUUCUGGUUCUUUCCCCUAGUUUCUUUAGGCAGCUGCAUUUUAAAAUAUAAGCUGAACUAACUAGUACUUUUAUCUGUAGUUGUUCAGGGACUUGGUACAAAGUUGCAGAAGUUCCCCGUGUUUUCAUCUCAUUACAUUUUACUGGCCUUGGGACUGAACAGAUAGGAACACACAUUUCCUUUUCUAUUCUUGCAGCUGCGCAGUCUUCUAUAGUUAUCUUGUUUUCUCGUUUAUCCAUGUUGUUAAAGGAAGCUCCCUGGAGAUGGUGUGCUGUUCUGAACAUGAAAGUGUUUAAUGAACUGAAUUUGCUGGGAAGAGCUCAGCAACAUGGCUCUUUAAAGCUCCAAAUGUUGGGAAAAACUGCAAAGGAAACGCCGGCUCAAGAUGCCAGGGGACUGUCCUCAAUUUGUGGAGGGCUUAUCUCUGAAUAUCUGUUCAUCAACUGCUCCAGCUGUUCUCUGAUAGAAGAAGGAAGAGAGGGCUGUUUCCAUGGAAUGAGCUGUGUGGCCAUGUUCCAGAAGUAUUCUCUCCUGACGUUUUGCCCACAUCUAUGGCAGGCAUCCUCAGAGGUUGUGAGGUAUGGAUAAACUGAGGCAAGGAAAGGAAAAAAUAUAUAUCUGUGGAGAGUCCAGGGUGUGGCAAGAGUCCUUUGUCACUGGGAAGCCAGCAUUAAUGUUUCAGUUAAUCACCCUAAUUAGCAUUGGAAAGGUUUGUCUCUUGUCUGGGGGGAUCCUUUGUUCAGUCAAUAGCCGUCCUUGGGGCUCCUCUACCUUCAGAGUGUUGGUUCCCAUCUACUGUUUUGAUUUUAGAGUUUUUUAAUACUGGUAGCCAGAUUUUGUUCAUUUUCAUGGUUUGAAUCACUGCUCAGCCAUGGAAUGACACUGGGCAAGUCAAGUUAUCUCCACCUUGGAAGAAGACAAAAGCAAACCUUCUCCGAAAAGUUUUGCCAAGAAAGCCCAGUGAUAAGUCAGAAAAGUCUUAAAGGCAGACAACAACAAUAGUAACAAGAUUUGAAGUUACCCAAAAGUUCAGUAGUUCCUCAAGUAAAGGACUAGUUGUUUGAGAGACCUCCUAGUCUCACUUAGGGCCCUUCCACACAGUCAUAUAAUGCAGAAUAUCAAGGCAGAAUACCACACAAUAUCUGCUUUGAAUUGGGUUAUCUGGGUCCACACUGUCAUAUAUUCCAGUUCAAAGCAGAAAAUGUGGGAUUUUAGUCAGCUGUGUGGUGAUGGCCUUCUUGAGGCUGCUCCCAAAGUUUGAAAUUCCCUCCUAGGGAGGCCAGGAUGACUCCCUCUUUGAUGCCUUAAAGGUUCCCCCUGACAUUAAGUCCAGUCGUGUCCAACUCUGGGGGUUGGUGCUCAUCUCCAUUUCUAAGCUGAAGAGCUGGCAUUGUCCGUAGACACCUCCAAGGUCAUGUGGCCAGCAUGACUGCAUGGAGUGCUGUUACCUUCCCGCCGGAGCGGUACCUAUUGAUCUACUCACAUUUGCAUGUUUUUGAACUGCUAGGUUGGCAGAAGCUCGAGCUAACAGCGGGUGCUCACUCCACUCCCCAGAUUUGAACCUGCAACCUUUCGGUCCAUAAGUUCAGCAGCUCGGCAUUUUAAUACGCUGCGCCAUCAGGGGCUAAGAUUUUAUGAAUUGACUAUGAAGGGUCUUUAAUUAUGUGUUGCUUCCUUGCCGCUGCCCCCCGACUCUACAUCUUACAAAAUAUGUCCUCUCCAGGCAUUUUCUUUGUCCCCCUGCAUGAUUGUAUGAUAUUCUUGAUCAGAAGUUCUUCAUUUCAAUAGGAUUCACUGUUAUCCAUGGUUUCAGAUAUCUAGAAACAUGAAUUCCAGAAACAUAUUGUCAUGGAUAUGUAGGUUGGAGUAUAUUCUGUUUUUAAUUAAUUCUAUAGACUUUUCACACUAUAGUGUUUUUUUAAACAAAAAUGUGUUUUUAUUAAUGUAUUAUUAAUGGCCUUAAGUGUAGAAACAAGAACAUAUAAAGAAUACCUUAUUAGAGAAAAUGAAGAAUGGAAAUUAAAAGGGCGGGAAGAAUUGGAGAUUAAUGAUUGGUUUCGAUAUCACCAGUUGCAUGAAAGAUAUAAAAAAGAUAUGAGGGUUGGUUUCGCAACUAAAAAAUCAGAACUGGAAAGAAUAUGGGAAAAGGGAAAUAAAGGGUUAAUAUCCAGAUUAUACAAAUACAUAUUAAGUUAUAAUAUGGAGGAUAAUACAGUCAAGACAAUAAUGAUAUCCUGGGCCAAGGACCUAGGUAGGCCAAUAGAAUUGGAUAACUGGGAGUACCUAUGGAACAAAGAAUUCAAAUUCACAAUAUCUGGAUCAAUUAGGGAGAAUCAAUAUAAAAUGUUUUAUAGAUGCUAUAUCACCCCAGCAACAUUGGCAAAAAUAGAUAAAUCACAACAAGGUAUUUGCUGGAGGUGUAGGAAACAGAAAGGGACAUUCAUCCACAUGUGGUGGACGUGUAUGACCAUACAGGCAUUUUGGGACAAGGUAAUUAAAGAGACUAAUAAAAUGCUACAUAAUAAGAUUUUAAAAAGCCCAGGAUUGUGUCUAUUAGGUCUACAUAGAGAAAACAAUAACCAAAAGGACCAAGAAAUAUACCAAUAUAGCUUUGCGGCAGCAAGAUUGACCAUAGCCAAAGACUGGAAAGGGGAAAAAGGUUUAACUAAAAAGGAUUGGAGAGAAAGAAUGCGGGAAUAUAUGCUAAUGGCCAAACUUACCAACAAUAGGAAGAACAAAAGUAAUGAAGACUUUUUAGAAACAUGGAAGCUGGCCAUAGCAUAUCUGAAUAAGGAGUCAGUAACAUAGAGGAGUUCCAUUAGGAAUUUAGGGUUACUAUUAACAAGGAUAGAUAAAUUGGCUUAAAGGCUUCAUAGUGCUUCAGGGUUGGAAGUCAUGGUGAAGGGUGCACGGGUGUGGGGAAGGGGUUUUAUUUUAUGUGGGAUAGGGGUUUUGGGUGCGUGCAGGGUUUGUUGUGUGUAAUACGUUGUAUGUUUUUGUUUUGUUUGAAUGUUAGGGUAAACUCUUAUAUUUAAUUUCUAAAAAAAAAUAUGAGUAGAAAUCUGGAUUGAGAGUGGUGGAUGACAUGUGGAAAGAGCAGUUCUAUAUGUUUUGAGUAACAGAUAAUAAUAUGUACUGUGUUAGAAUUGGCAGGCUGGUUGACUAAUGUAGAUAUGCAUGUACAUUUCAAAAUGAUUGUUAUCUGACUAUAUUUGCGAUAAUUUGCUGUUUUGUUAUGUAACGUUUCAUUAAUAAACUGUUUACCCACAAAAAAAUAAAAUAAAUAAAUAUUGGUCUUAAUUACUUGCUAGCUUCCUAGGGUUUCACUGUUAAAGAAAAAAAGUGGAUUAUAAAUGAAUAAAAUAAAUUAUCCUCAUUGUCAUCAUCACCAAAAUGUAAUGUAUGACCAUCACAGUUCCAGUGAGGGUGAGACUGUACUGAUGAAGACUUUUUCUGAAGUAACCCUCAAGCAAUGAUGGGAGGAAUAUUUUUUAAAUGGCCCAAAAGUGUGUUUCUUGAGUAUCAGGAAAUCAUGAUGAUAAAUGGUUAGACUUUGGACUAUGACCUAGACUUGUGAAAUUUUUAAAUGAUGUUUUAUAGAUUAUGUUUUAAUUAUCUGUUUUAAUUGGAAUUUUUUUCUAUAAUUGUUGCUUUGGUAUCUAAUGAUUGCCGGUUGUGAAUCUGCCUCGAAUCUCCCCCCCCCCCCCCGCCCCAGCCCCACCGGGAGUGAGAAGGACAGGAUACAAAUGUAUGAAAUAAAUAAAUAAAUAAAUAAAUAAAUAAAGAAUGUUUCCUGUGCAGUAAAACCUUGUACAAUUUUGUGCAGAAUAAAUCCUGAACUGUGAAUGUUUUUGAAGACUGUGACACAGCAGGAAAAAUGGCUGAAAUUGCUUCCUCUGAGUAAAAAAUUAACAAAGAAUUACAGCCGUAUCUUACUAUGAAAAAAAAUCUUCCUGAAGAGGUUUGUAGAGCAGCUGCAUCUCCCCUGAGGCUGCGAAAUAUUCUUCCUGAAGAGGUUUGGAGAAUUUCCUCUCGUACAACCUCCCAGGCAAGCUGUAAAAUCUCUCUUGACAUCUGAUGACUCAAUUGGAUUUUGCUGCUGCUGUUAUAUAUGUUAUGAUUCAUAGUGUUGCCUGGAGAAGAGGUUCCAUUUGUAUUUUAAUGGGUGCAUUAAUUUAUACACACAUGUGUGUGCCUGUGCUCAAGUAUACAUAUGCAUAAUGCACACAAAGGCACAUAGUUUAUUAAAAGACAGCCUGCAAAGGGAUCUUGUAACAUCUUAGAUAUUAAUAAAGGGAAUGGAGUUGUAAGAUCAAGCUUUCAUGGAAUUAGGAUUUAUCAUAUCAUCCCACUAUUAUCCUAUAGUUGUGUUAGCUUUACUAAUGGCUACAUACUGCAUUGAGCACAUUCAAUAUCACACCACUCUUCAGUCACACUAUUGUGCCAGUUCACCAAAGUGUGGUCCCAUGAUCACACUUCCACACACUUUAUGGCCUCCGGUGGAGCCUCCGGUGGCCUAGGGGAUAAAAGCCUUGUGACCUGAAGGUUGGGUUGCUGAUCUGAAGGCUACCAUGUUUGAAUCCCACCCGUGGAGAGCGUGGUGGAUGAGCUCCCUCUAUCAGCUCCAGCUCCAUGCGGGGACAUGAGAGAAGCCUCCCACAAGGAUGGUAAAAACAUCAAAACAUCCGGGCGUCCCCUGGGCAACGUCCUUUCAGACAGCCAAUUCUCUCACUCCAGAAGCAACUCCAGUUGCUCCUGACACGAAAAAAAAAUUUAUGACCUCACUUUUUGUAUGAUUGCAGUUCAUUUAUCGAUAUUUGUAGUGCAAUUGUUCGAUUUCAGUAUUAAGAUGCACACACACACAAAAAGGAAAGGAAAGGAAAGGAAAGGAAAGGAAAGGAAAGGGAAAAAAAAUCAGGUUGGGAAUAGCAAGAGGGAGGGAGCAGAGAAAAAGAAACUCAACCACUGACAUAACAUUACAGAAAUGGAAGAGACCCAUUGCACUAAGGUGGGUGAUGUGAACACAGUGGGAUAAAAAGCAAUUCAUAGGUUUUACCCAUCAAUAGCUAGGGAUAGGACAAUCAUGUAGAGAGAAGCAAGCCAUUAGUAGGUGCACAUGGUGUCAUGUGAUAGAGACCAUCAUCAGGUGCAAUGCUGGUUUGUCUACUUCAUGUGAUAAAGUUCUUAGCUGCUUCUGAGGAAGUAUUUAUUUAUUUACAGUAUUUAUAUUCCACCCUUCUCACCCCGAAGGGGACUCAGGGCAGAUCACAUUAUACAUACAUAGGGCAAACAUUCAAUGUCCAUAAACACAUCAAACAGAGACCGAGACAGACAGACGCAGAGGCAAUUUAACCUUCUCCUGAGGGGGAUGUUUGAUUCUGGCCACAGGGGGGAGCAGCUGCUUCAUCAUCCACUCUGACGGCACUUCCUCAUUCCAGGUCAUAAAUUAGUUAAACUUGCCUCCCCACUUUUAUAAGUGGUACCUUAUUUCCUACUUGAUAGAUGCAACUAUCUUUCGGGUUGCUAGGUCAGCAACGAGCAGGGGCUAUUUUUUAUUUUUAAUUGACAGGUGCUCACCCCGCCAUGGGCUGGCCUCGAACUCAUGACCUCAUGGUCAGAGUGAUUUAUUGCAGCUGCUCAACAGCCUGCGCCACAGCCCGACCCAGCCCCUUUUUGGUCUACAAAAGUUCAUGCUUAUACUACUAAUGUUGUUCUCUCUCUUGGGCCCUAUCAGGCAGGUGUAGGGCUCCGUUUCCAUUUGCUUCACAAACAGAGUCUCAUGGAAGCCAUCACAUGAUAUAACGGCACUUUCGUGGGACUCCGCGGGGCUCCGUUUCUGCAGCACAUGGAGAUGGAGCCCUACACCCAUCUUCAGGAGUUGGGUGGCUGCCUGACUCCAAAGAAAGAAAAGUGAAAGAAAGCAGGAGAAAGACAGUCGGUAAGAACGUGGGAUGGUUGGCCAUCUCACAAGACGGGAAAAGACGGGAGAGUUCCCUACACUUUCCCUUGCUUUCCUCCCACUCAUGGGAUGAAGUCCUAAGUCUCAAAGCUGCUAUAAGAUCCUCUGCAUAUGGACAUUCUAGACAAUAUUGUAGUGUUGUCCAUGGUGGAUUUAUUGGAUCGGUUGGUCAUGAUCCUUGACAUGUUAUCUGAAUUAUUGCUGUCUACAUACCCUGUUUCCCCAAAAAUAAGACAUCCCCUGAAAAUAAGACCUAGUAGAGGUUUUACUGAAUUGCUAAAUAUAAGGCCUCCCCUGAAAGUAAGACCUAGCAAAGCUUUUGUUUGGAAACAUGCUCGCCAAACAGAAAAUCAGAGCAUGCAGGAUUGGUAAAUGUACGUACCCUAGAUUGUUGUACAUGGAAAUAAUAACAGUAACAAGAAAUUCUUGAUAGGAUUCACAGUUUGUCUGGUUAUGCUGGUUUAUGAUGACAACUACUGUAUAGUUUAUGAUAAAUGUUCCUUUUUUGUUCAACUAUAAAUAUGAAUUCUUCUUCAUGGAAAAAUAAGACGGUUUGCUGCCAUAGUAACUCAUAAAAGUGGUGAUUUUCAGAUGUUCUCCGACUGCUAUAAGAACAGCAAAAAAAUAGCGAUCAAAACUAUAAAGGGCCAACUAAAAAGUAUUGUACAACAGAAUCAUAAGCUUGUUUGCUCAAAUGUUUUGCUAUAUCCCUUUGUCUUAAUCCAUGGUAUAUUUGCAUAAAAUUGCAGCCAUCGUAUUUGCUUUCCUGUUAAGCAAAAUGUUUAGAAAUCACAACUUAUUUGAGUGGAAAUGUAACAAAAAGAGACAUACUAAUUGAAUGGUUGUAAUAAUAAAAAUGACUUUCUAACAUAUUAUAAUAAUCACUUUCCGUUAACUGUCACAGUAUAAAUUAAAAAAAGCUCUGUGAAGAAAAUCCAAGGAGUUGAACAGUUGGUCAUAGCUGGAACCCCAGGAUGCCUUGAGUGAUGUAUUAUGUCCUAGGCUUCUAACAAACUACAUCAUGGGACAUACUUUAAUGAGGCCUGCCCCAUGAUUUAAGGUAUAUCUGCAUUGUAAAAUUAAUGAGAGUAGACGCUACUUUAACUAACAUGGCUCAUUAUUGUAGAAUCAUGUGAAUUGUAGUUUUACAAGGGCUUUAGCCUUCUCUGCCAAAGAGGCUGGUGCUUUACCAAGCUACAUAUCCCAGUAUCUCAUAGCAUGGCAGUUAAAAUGAUAUCAAAUUGUAUUAAUUCUACAGUGCAGAGCCAACUUUCGUUACAACAAUUGACUAUCCUGCUACAAAUGGUCAUUCUUGAUGGAACAUUUAACCACUUAUAGGUGGACAGAAUGCAUGGAAUUAAUAUUACUUUGAGCAAAGGUGAAUCCCUUAAAAGACAGUUAGGAGGCACAGACUAGUAGUUCUCAUAUUUCUAAUGGAGCUCAGGCUAGCUAACCCAUCUGAAGGUCUAAAUGAACAUUUUAUUGCAUGAAAAGUUCACCUUACAACCACAUGGUUUUCUUAAAUGACUACUCCUCUUUACUUCUGUACAAUCAGUUGGUUUUACACCACAAUACUGUUUGGAAUAAUAUUUGAAACAUUGAGAAAUAAAGAUUGCUUCCCAACCUGCAACCUGACUCCAUCCCCUUGGGUUCUAUCUCUGAUGGAUAAUCUUUCUUCUCAAUAUAUGGCAAGAAGAAAGGAAUCCACUGUAGUCUCCAUGCAAGACUUUUCUUAUAUUCUUGCUUGAAUGCUUUCUACUCUAGAAUCUGGUUUUUGUCUAUAUGGACCCAUUCAUCCAACUAUUUGACAGUUCUGCAACUUCUCCCUUUCCUGAACUAAACAAAAAGAAGAUUCAGUUUUGAUGCCUUUUAAAAGAUUUAUAUAAUGUAAUUAUAGUGAAAAUCAAGUUCAAAAAACUUCUCUCACUUUAGCACACCCUAUGGUUUCAAAGGACUAUUUCUAUCAGAAACCAUAUACAGUAGAGUCUCACUUAUCCAAGACUCACUUAUCCAAGGUUCUGGAUUAUCCAAUGCAUUUUUGUAGUCAAUGUUUUCAAUAUAUCGUGAUAUUUUGGUGCUAAAUUUGUAAAUACAGUAAUUACAACAUAACAUUACUGCAUAUUGAACUACUCUUUCUGUCAAAUUUGUUGUAUAACAUGAUGUUUUGGUGCUUAAUUUGUCAAAUCAUAACCUAAUUUGAUGUUUAAUAGGCUUUUCCUUAAUCCCUCCUUAUUAUCCAAGAUAUUCGCUUAUCCAAGCUUCUGCUGGCCCGUUUAGCCUGGAUAAGUGAGACUCUACUGUAUGUCCUUUGCUCAUAACUAUGACCCACUGUCACAUAGUAAGUAUUUGCAUUGUUUUCUACAUCAUUAGUUACCAUCUUUGCAGUAACUGCUGAGAAUUUAUUCCCCACUAUUUUCCCAAGCAUAGCAGUUAUACAUAAUUGUCAUGGAGCCAGAUCCCAGGGCUGAAUUUCCAAGCCCUGAAUCUGACUUCAUAACAUAAAACAACCCUGCAAGCACCUGGCGGGAGAAGAUAAAAUGAGCCUGGGAACUCAGAGUUGAAAGUAUAAACAAUUAUAAUUGCUGUAGUGUGUGGGAAUAGAAAUCAUGGUAGAAAUGUGAUCCAGAAGGUGGGGCUUGAUGAUGAUAUUUGCGUGUGAUAUUACGUUGCAUCAGAAGUGAUAAAAUUAGAUGUAUGUAAACAUUAGGUCAUUCUCGACUUUUCCAAAGUCAUGUAUUAUUCAAUAAAGAUUGAAUUUGAGAGCAGCUAUCUUUGAUCUGCGUUCAGACUGAUCCUUUGAAGUGAGCCUGACAUUAAAGUCGAGAAUCCAUUUCUCACCCUCCUGCGGAAUUCGCAGUGAAGUGAUAAUGAGUGAAGAAGGAGAUCAAAGCCCAAAUGGGGCAGAGAGGCCUUUGCAAGGGGCCCGGCCGAGGAGAGAAGAAACGCUGCAAGCCAUAGCUUCCUCUACGGGAUACCCCAGGCCGAACGGCGUGACCCAGAGAAUUCCCAGGGGAGGAAGAGGCGUCUCUGCGGCUGCAGAAACCAGUUGGGGAUCUGGAGGAAGUAUGCCGGAGACCGUGGCCCUGCGGUUAUCCAUCCUGGAAACUAAUUUAUCCAGGCUGUCGGAAACCGUGGGGAGAUUGGUGCCAUUAUUGGAAGAGAAUCUCCAAAAGGAGCCCAGCCGAUAUGGCGCCGAGAGAGAACCAAGUAAAGAAGGAGAUUGGAGCCAGAGGGGCCAGCGAGCGUCAACGCAGAGUCCCGUGGCGGCAAGGGACGAGGGAGAUGAGGAAUACUGGCGGGAGCUGGAGUUCCGGGACAGAAUGGCGCGAGAAGUGGAGCGUCAGCGAGCCCUGGGAACUCUGAGGCCGCCAUCUCCAACAGAGCUCCCAACCCCCCGAAUGGGCGUCGGGGUGGAAAGGCCACUGGGGCCAGGGAUCGGGUCCAGUGGAUUUGCAGACGAAGGCGGAGAGGAGCGGGGGAUCCAGGAAGAGGAGGAGGAUGUGCCGUACGACGAGGAAAGGCGAGAUGAGGGGGCUACAGCAAGGCCAGUAGGCGGAUGGGCGGAAGAGCCGACAGCGGCGGCAGACUUUCGGGAGCCGCGCAGAAUGACCACCGGAGUGGGGCGCGGCGUGUUCCAAGGAGCCGCCCGAGGAAACCUGAUGCAACCCUUCCCCAUGCCUCCCAGACAGCAUCAACGGGCUGCAGAAUGGGUGCCUAGAAGGGAAGAUCUCAAACUAGAAUACGGAGGGGAAUCAGAUGAACUGAACUUUUUUCUAAUUAGCAUCAGAGGAUACAUGGAAGACAAUGCACACACAUUCCCCUCCGAGGCAAGCAGGGUUCGAGCCAUCGGCAACACACUAAAGCGAGGAGCAGCCAGCUGGUAUGUGCAGCUUCAUGCCAGACGCGACCCAUGCCUGAGGUCAGUGCCCCGCUUCCUCGCCGCACUGGAAAACCGGUUCAGAGACCGGCUAGAGCAAUUGAGGGCUCGAGACCAGCUGAAAGGAAUAAAGCAGAGGGACAAAACAGUGCCCGAGUACGCAGAGGAAUUCCUUCACCUCGCGGAAAGGGUACCAGAAUGGUCUGAAGUGACCAAAGUGGAGUUAUUUAAAGAGGGACUGCGCCCCGAGAUUUUCAGCUGGGCAGCGCACAGAGACGACCCCGAAACGCUCCAGGGAUGGAUUCAACUAGCGGGGCGCGUCGAAUCCACCCUGGCCCAAGUAAAGCGCUUCAGGAGCGGCAGCGGCCAGCAAAGACCGGUGGCGAGGGGUCGAGGAGAAACGAGGAAGCAGGAAAGACCCGGAGGGAGGCCGGGGAUUCCCUCCAGAGGAGACGACAACAAACCUAAACCGGGAUGCUUUGUAUGUGGGAAGACGGGCCAUCGAGCAGCAGAAUGCUGGGCCCGGAAGGGGGAGCCGCCAAAAGCCCCAAAGCCCAAGCCAGCAACCGGGAGGCGCGCGGAAGAGGAGGUGCAGGCCCCAGAAUCUUCAGAAAAACUGGUGAGUCGGGACAACCGCAUGAUAGUAGUGCCCAUCUGCCUCUCAGGGCUAGAAAAUCGGGCCACCUGCAAGGCAUUUGUGGAUUGUGGGUGUUCUAGAAAUAUUAUAACCCCGGAGUUAGCAGGAGCGCUGAAAUGCCAGCAGAUGGCGCUUGACUCCCCAAUUGCAUUUUCGCAGCUAGAUGGAUCAGUCGCUGCUGGGGAAGUAUCUACAAAGGAAAUACGAGGAAUCCCAUGUAAAAUAGGCAAAUGGGAAGGAAGAAUAUCCUUUGUGAUAGCCCCUAUUGCCACAUACCACGUAAUAUUAGGGAUACCAUGGCUCGAACAGGCAAAUCCUGAAGUAGAUUGGAGAGGAAAAAGCCUAGCAUUCAAAGAACAGCAGAUGCAAUGGGAGAUAAGCAAAAUUGCAGAAGAGGAGGACGAGGAAGAUGAAGCAGGGGAAAUAGACCCACAGCUAUUGCCACCUGAAUACAGGGACUUUGUGGAUGUUUUCAAUCAGAAAGAGGCCAGUAAAUUGCCUCCCAAAAGGAAUAUAGAAGUAGAAAUUGAAAUAACCCCAGGAGCAAACUUACCCAAACCAAAAGUGUAUCCCAUGUCUGUGCAGGAGAAGGAGGAAUUAAGGAAAUACAUUGAUAAAAACCUGGCGCGAGGCUUCAUUAAGCCAUCCAAUUCUCCUCUCGGGGCCCCAGUGUUAUUUAGGAGAAAGAAAGACAACUCCCUAAGAUUGUGCAUUGAUUAUCGAAAUUUAAACGCAAUUACUAAGGACAAUAAAUACCCUAUGCCCUUAGUCAAGGAUUUAAUUACCGUAUUGAAGAAAGGGAGCAUAUUUACUAAACUGGAUUUAAUUGAAGCGUAUCAUAAAUUAAGGAUCAAACCGGAGGAUACUUGGAAAACUGCAUUUUCCUGCGCAUUCGGCCAUUUUGAAUACGAAAUUUUGCCUUUCGGGUUAAAAAACGGAGGCGGAUGCUUUAUGCAGCUUAUAAAUGAAAUACUACACCCGUUAUUGUACAGAGGGGUAUUCAUAUUUCUUGAUGAUAUCUUGAUUGUAACUGAAGAUAAGGAAAAGCACGUAAAAUUGGUCCGGGAAGUUUUGCAGAGACUAAGAGAAGCAAAGCUGUACGCAAAACUGUCCAAAUGUGAAUUCAAUAAAACUCAAAUUGACUUUCUGGGGUAUCGGAUAUCUCCAGAAGGGUUAGCUAUGGAUCCAGCUAAAGUAGCAGAUGUGAAAGAAUGGGGAGUGCCUCAAACAAGGAGGCAAUUACAAUCAUUUCUGGGGUUUGCAAAUUUUUACAGACCCUUCAUAAAAGGUUUCGCGCAAAUAACCGCACCCCUUACAGAACUUUUAAAAACAAAAGGGAAAGGGGAGACAGCAAAAGUGAAAGCUCCUGGCGCCAAACUGAGUUGGACGCCAGAAUGCCAAAAGGCAUUCGAAACCUUAAAAGAAUGCUUCACUGAAGGACCCAUCCUAAAACACCCCGAUAUCAGGAGCCCUUUCAUAAUCCAUUGCGAUGCCUCAGACUGUGCGUAUGGGGCAGUACUAUUGCAAAAAGAUCAAAAUGGGAACUUAAAACCCUGUGGAUAUUUGUCACGGAAGUUCAGCGAAACUGAAAAAAGUUGGCCAAUAUGGGAAAAAGAGGCAUUAGCCAUAUUAAAAGCCUUAGAAUGCUGGCGACACUUCCUCGAAGGAAGCGGAAUCCCAUUUGAAAUUUGGUCUGACCAUAAGAACCUACAGUAUUUAAAGUCUCCUAGAAAAUUGUCCCCCAAACAAAUUAGAUGGGCGCAAUACUUCAGCAGGUUCGAUUUCCAAUUAAAGUUUUUUCAAGGGAAGCAGAACGUCUUGGCAGAUGCUCUUUCACGCAUGCCUCAACACGAAGGCAUAACCACAGCAAAAGAGGGGACAAUAUUCUCUGACAAACAAUGGGGCUUAGCUGUCAGGACAAGAGCACAAACCCAAAAGGAGGACAUGGCUUUUGUUGAACUCGGCGGGGAAGGAAACUGGGGAAAUGAACUUAAACAGUCUUAUGAAGGAGAUCAAUGGAUCGCGUCCAACGCAGAAAAGGGGGAACAGAAGGGGGGAUUUUGGUUUGUAAACAAGAAACUGUAUAUCCCAGCAAUAUUAAGGAUUAAGAUUCUGCAUCGUUUUCACAACAACCAGAGCGCUGGUCAUACAGGAAUUACAAAAACAACAAAGGCAAUAGUAAAACAUUGUUGGUGGCCAGGAAUGAGGAAGGACAUAAAGAAUCAUGUUGUUCAAUGUGAUGAUUGUGCCAGAAAUAAAUCGGGAGGAGGGAAGCCUAUGGGAUUGUUACAAACAGUAGCGGAACCUACCAGACCUUGGGAAUGUGUAGCUAUGGACUUUGUGGGAGAAUUGCCGGUGAGCAAAGGACAUCGUUAUAUUUGGACAGUAUUAGACCUGUUUUCUAAACAGGCUCACUUUAUAGCGCUGACGAAACUACCAUCGGCUGAGAAACUAGCUGAAUUGUACAUAAAUCAUAUUUACAAACUACAUGGAUGUCCCAGUAGAGUAGUCAGUGACAGAGGAGUACAGUUCACAGCAAAAUUUUGGGAAAAAUUCUUGGAAAUGCUAGGAGCAGAAAGGAGUCUAAGUUCUGCUUUUCACCCCAUGACAAACGGGGCGGUAGAACGUACUCAGCAAACGCUUGGGCAGUUCCUUCGAAUGUACUCUAACUUGAGACAAAAUGACUGGUCUAGGUGGUUGGCUUUUGCGGAACUAGCCUUUAAUUCAACUAUACAUUCAGCAACAAAUAAAACCCCCUUUGAAGUAGUUUACGGGUAUGAAAUACAGCCUUUACCCCAGUUGCCAAGGUGGACAGAAAAUGAGGAAACAGAGGCAGGGAAGUGGAAAACGCAAAUGCUAGAAUGUUGGAGUCAAGUGACUGCAUCCUUAAAGGAAGCACACAAAAAGUAUAAAGCGUUCGCAGACAGAAAGAGGGUGGAAGGCGAUAAAUUAAAUAAAGGAGAUCUAGUGUGGUUAAGUACCCAAAACAUCAAAUUGGGGCUACCUUCAAGAAAACUGGGCCCCAAAUAUAUUGGACCAUUCAGAAUACAGGGUGUUAUCAAUGAAGUGACUUUCCAGUUGGCAUUGCCAAAAAGUUUAGGGAAAAUACACCCAGUAUUCCAUCGCAGCUUACUGAAAAAGUAUAUGGGGACUUUGGACAAAAUGGACACAUAGAGUUAUUGUUUGAUUUGUUUCAGAACUAUGAUGAAAGAAGAACCGAAGAGGAGGACGAAGAGAACGAGGGCGCCAUGUCAUGGAGCCAGAUCCCAGGGCUGAAUUUCCAAGCCCUGAAUCUGACUUCAUAACAUAAAACAACCCUGCAAGCACCUGGCGGGAGAAGAUAAAAUGAGCCUGGGAACUCAGAGUUGAAAGUAUAAACAAUUAUAAUUGCUGUAGUGUGUGGGAAUAGAAAUCAUGGUAGAAAUGUGAUCCAGAAGGUGGGGCUUGAUGAUGAUAUUUGCGUGUGAUAUUACGUUGCAUCAGAAGUGAUAAAAUUAGAUGUAUGUAAACAUUAGGUCAUUCUCGACUUUUCCAAAGUCAUGUAUUAUUCAAUAAAGAUUGAAUUUGAGAGCAGCUA